AUGGGAAAACCGGACUUUCUGAGAGACCUCGGCCAGGUCAAGGCAGCAGGUAAAUUCAAAUACCUGAGCAAAGUCAAGGCUGGCGAUAGUGAUGGUUCGAUCUGUUUCACUUUCACGUGUCCGGAUGCGCCAACUUCUAUUGAAUACCAAGCUAUCACUGAGCCUCAAGACUACCCCCAAAGCCACCAAUACUUCGUGUACUCUACAUCUGAUCCUUCGCCCGCAGUCAUCGAGGCUGUUGAGAAUGCCGUCAUGAAUCUCUCUUGCAUUUCAAUUCAAGAUCUUCUGACUGCCAUCGAAAGCACAAUUCAUGCGGCGCUCAAUGGCUCAAAGUUGCAGCCACACGAGCGAUAUCCGGAUGAUGACCGAAAUACCAUCGAUGAUUCUGAUGGAAGUCUUGAUGAAUUUGAUGACUCUGGUGAAUUCGAUUACGACGAGCAUGCUUUCUACGAUAGCGAUGUUUCUCCUCUCCCCUACCAAGCUCCAUCUUUGCUGCGCCAGAAGAUCCGUGAGGAUCUGCGAGCCGUCAAGAACACCGGUUUCAAGGUCGGAUACGUCGGAGAAGUCUCUGAAAGCAGCUUCAUUGUUUCAGUGGCCAGCCGCCUCAAUAGACUUGGGAUUCCCGAAGAAGUUAUGGAUGUUUGGAAAGUGUGUCCCAAAGACUACCUCGUUCUUCUAAUUCGCUACCCGCGAGGGUACGUGAACAUGGAGGACCUUUUUGAACGGGGAGACCCAAACUCUUCACUUAUUCAAAUGCACCUUGGACUCUGUGACUCCUACAAGCCAUCGACCACGGCAGCUCUGAUGGCAUUUCAGGGCAGCACCCCGACCGAAAAGGAUGGUCCACACCCACAAGAGACUGAAAGGAACAGACUCAGGCCCUUUUUCAUCGGCUGCCAGCUCAAUCGACUUAUGAGCGAGCGUUUCAUGGGCAUUGUGAGACUUCGCCUCAGAUGGGGGCUUUUCUGGACAGGUGCAGAAAACCUUUUUCAGGCCAGCCAGGGAAAGGCCCUGGAUGACAAGGAAGCAAGUUCAGAGGAAUAUAUCACACCGGAUGAAUGGGAAACUUCGCCUCCACCUUUGCUAAUGACUGAUCACAUGGCUGAUGAGGGCUUUGUUUUGUCGAGAAUGUCAUUCCCCUUACUCGCAAUGCAAUUCACCCUUCGUCACUUUGUCAGAUGCACAGAAUUCUGCCUCGUUUGCUUCUGCAAGAAAUACGACGAUUUUGAGGCAAUGAAGCCCUACGUCUGCUCCAAUGGACUUUGUCUCUACCAAUACAUCACUUACGGUUUGGGCCCAAGUUUGGAAUAUGAAGUCAAAUCUCAGUCAAGUGUCGUCGACAUGCUGGUCUCUUUGGCUUUUAUCAGAGCAAAGACCGGGAAGCUUGAAGAUUUUCCUACAGGGCUUGGAAUGCGAAUUCCAAACACACAGACAACUUACGCGGAUGAGCUUCGAAGUGACCCCUCCACAGACAACUGGCUUACAAACUAUCACACUGGGACAAUGAAUACACAGAGAAUGUUUAGUUCCAACAAGGACAUACCCAGAAUUAUCAUGGAGCUUUCUCGAAAAGGCGAGCCUCGGCUUAUCGAAGGACAAUGGAUCGCCUUUGUCGGCCCCGAGGGGGAAAGUGAUCUUGCACAUGGCCCUUCAUGGCAUUGCAGAGUCCAAAAUGUCGGAUUUAACUAUGUUGAGCUCUCGUUUCCGCUCCGCUGGAGCAAACAGAUGACAGAGCCAGAGCUGAAGCAAGCAACCAGCAACUGGAGAGGGAGCCGGAAAGUGCACUACGCGAUUUACGACACAGAUUUUGACGACUUGACCAAAGAGAGAAAACAAAAAAGUAUAGUCAUGCUUUUGGGCACACUUCCUGGAAUCGACGAGAUGAUCAAGUAUUUGACAAGCCAAGGGCCAGAUGCAACUCUCUCAUCCUGGCACGACAGAAUACAGCCCGCCGCCUUAGAUCUGUUGCGAUGGAUUGUUGCUUCAAAUCGAUCAUGUAUCAUCCAGGAUAACAGCAACCCUGAGCACUUGGUCAGUGACAUGAAAGACUAUGUCCAAUUUCGCCUAGUUCAGGGUGCCCCCGAUAAAGAACAACGUUUCAUCACAGCGAUCAACGAGAACUCAAGACCUCAGUACCCAACAAUCUUCGCAUGGCAUGGCAGUCCACUGUAUAACUGGCAUAGCAUUCUGCGGGAAGGACUUCAUUUCAAAGACACGGCACACGGACGUGCCUACGGACACGGCGUUUAUAUGUCUCCGCAUUUCCAAACAUCAUUGAGCUACGUGGGUGCACAUCAGUCGUAUUUCAUGUGGCCUCAAAGCAACCUCGUCUUGUCAUCUAUCAUAUCUCUGAACGAGAUUGUUAAUGCCCCGACUGAAUUCUUGCACACCCAACCACAUUAUGUUGUGACGCAACUCGACUGGAUCCAGCCCAGAUAUCUUUUCGUUGGGAUCAAGGGGAUCAAUGAUGCAAAGACGUCUUCAAGCCCUUCCCUCCUUUGGGAUAAUGAUGUGAAGAAGGGAGAAUCUCCGACUUCUGUCACGUUUUACGCACAGGACCCUCAACACACUGCCUCUGGGCCAUCGGGGGCAGCCAUCAAAAUUCCGAUUUCGGCAAUCAGCGCUAGGAGACGAGAAAAGCUUGCGUUGAAAGGAGGCGCCCGAAAAAGGACCACCUCGAAGAAGGAGGGAAAGAAGAAGACCAGUAAAUCGAUGUCUUCUCUCCAAUCAAGCACCGAUGCUAGUGACGAGCUUCAAAGUGUGGCUACGGACAUCGAGGAUCUCGAAAUCCUUUUUUCGGAUUCGGACAUUGAAACGAUCGACGUACCUCGUAAGAAGACAUGCUGGAAGAAGGCCACUAAAUACUUCACUCCUCCUAAAGAAACAGUGAAGGGGAAGGAGGCCAUCAAACAUGUCCCCCCGCCACCGACUUCAUCCCAGGCCGUCGAGGUCCAGCAAAAAGAGCGCCUGCAUGAGCUCGGCUGGUUUGUGGACCCCGGCUUGACAUCUGGAAACCUCUACCAGUGGAUCGUGGAGCUCCACAGCUUCGAGAAGGAACUUCCUCUCGCCAAAGAUCUCAAGGCUGCAAAGCUCACAAGUGUCGUUCUUGAGCUUCGCUUCCCACCCAACUACCCGAUGGACCCUCCCUUCGUCCGCGUGAUUCGACCUCUCUUCCUGGAAUUCCAAGCCGGUGGCGGCGGUCACAUCACCCUGGGAGGUGCCAUGUGCAUGGAGCUCUUGACCAGCACUGGCUGGUCGGCCGUCACCUGCAUAGAGAGUCUUCUUCUACAGGUCCGUCUUGCUAUCACCAGCACGGACCCACGGCCUGCUCGUCUCUCUCAGCGCCACGGAACCCAAGAUUACACCGUGGGCGAAGCCGUCGAGUCCUACAAGCGCGCUUGCAUCAUGCACGGGUGGAAGGUUCCCCAGGAUUUGGAGCUGAUGCGCUGGUGA